GCUGGUUCUAGAAUCGGGGCAUUGUGCGUGUGUGCUCUUUCUCUCUCUCUCUCUCUCUCUCUCUCUCUCUCACUCGCUGCCUCUCUAGACUUUGUUGCAGAAACCUGCGUUUGAUGGGGUCUAUGCUCGGUGAUUGGCCGUCAUUUGACCCCCACAACUUCAGCCAACUCCGACCCUCCGAUCCUUCUUGUCCUUCUAGGAUGACACCCGCAACCUAUCAUCCUACUCACGGCCGCACGCUUCCGCCACCCGAUCAAGUGAUAACUACUGAAGCCAAAAACAUUCUCUUAAGACACGUCUAUCAGCGUACCGAAGAGAAGGAUGUAUUGAGACCGAAGAGAGCUCCAUCUGAGCUUCUUACACCCGAGCACGGAUGCAAGCAACCCAGGGCGUCUCCCUUAUGAGCUCUUCUAUUGUUAUAUGGAAGUCCAAUAACUAAUGCAUGUAAAUGUUCUUGCCAUGUCGAAGAUGUUUGGGUUUGCUGUGGGGGGUGAAAAGGGUACUUAGCUUGGUCAUUGUCUUAAACUCCUUGACCAGAAGUGUAGAUUUUGUGUGUACAAAUUAUAUGGACAGUUGGGUGAUCCCUGUUUAGUUUACAAGGAAUGAAAUGAAGAGACUUGCUCCCCUUUUUGUUC